GCCGAGCCGCUGCUCCUUCGUCUUCUUCCUCUGGAGCCGCAACGUGUCGGAGGGGACUCUGAGGCCGGGCUGCGAGGCGGGAAGGAGGCGCUGCUGCUGUUGCCAGAAUUAUAAAUAAUUUCUCUACAUCAAGCUCAAAAUGUCUACCAAUGAGAAUGCUGGAGGAUCAGCUGUUCGCCUGAACAAAUUCAAGAAUAAAGGAAAGGACUCCAGUGAAAUGAGGCGGCGGCGAGUGGAAGUAAAUGUGGAGCUGAGGAAAGCCAGAAAAGAUGAUCAGAUGCUUAAACGAAGAAAUGUUGGCACCUUUCUUGAUGAUGCCACUUCACCUUUACAGGAAAACCGAAGCAAUCAAGUUGUUGUCCACUGGUCUGUUGAAGACAUUGUUAAAGGUAUCAACAGCAGUAAUGAUGAAUUGCAGCUGCAAGCUACACAGGCCGCUAGGAAACUACUGUCGAAGGAGAAACAGCCCCCUAUAGACCAGAUAAUCAAAGCUGGUGUGAUCUCAAAGCUUGUGUCCUUCUUGGGAAGAACAGAUUGUAGUCCUAUUCAGUUUGAAUCGGCUUGGGCGCUGACCAACAUUGCCUCUGGCACAUCAGAACAAACAAAAGCUGUAGUGGAAAAGGGAGCAAUCCCAGCCUUCAUUAGUCUGCUUGCUUCUCCCCAUAUUCACAUCAGUGAGCAAGCUGUAUGGGCCUUGGGAAAUAUUGCAGGUGAUGGCUGUGGCUACAGGGACUUAGUCAUUAAAUAUGGUGCACUUGACCCACUUUUGGCUCUGCUCGCUGAUCCUGAUCAUUCGUCUAUACCUCUUGGCUACUUGCGCAACGUAACCUGGACCCUUUCCAACCUCUGCCGUAACAAGAACCCUUCACCGCCUAUAGAAGCCGUUCAGCAGAUCCUUCCUACUCUCUUCCAGUUACUGCACCACCAUGACCAUGAGGUUUUGGCAGAUACAUGCUGGGCUAUUUCUUACUUAACCGAUGGCUCAAAUGACAGAAUUGAAAUGGUGGUGAACACUGGAGUGGUGCCGCAAUUAGUGAAGCUCUUGGCAUGUGGAGAAAUUCCAAUAGUGACUCCAUCACUAAGGGCCAUAGGAAACAUUGUCACAGGGACCGAUGAACAAACUCAGGUUGUCAUCGAUUCCGGAGCCCUUGCUGUUUUCCCCAGCUUACUUACUCAUCCCAAAGGCAACAUCCAGAAAGAAGCAGCAUGGACUAUGUCUAACAUCACUGCUGGCCGGCAGGACCAGAUCCAGAAGGUUGUGGACCAUGGACUCGUCCCAUAUCUAGUUAGGAUUUUGGAAAAGGGGGAUUUCAAAUCCCAAAAGGAAGCGGCGUGGGCUGUGACCAACUUCACAAGCGGUGGAGCAAUUCCCCAUAUUGUGUACCUUGUUCAGUGUGGAGUAAUCGAGCCACUGAUGAACCUUCUGACAGUUAAAGACAGUAAAACUAUCCUAGUGAUUAUGGAUGGCAUUACUAACAUCUUCCAGGCAGCUGAUAAGAUAGGGGAGACUGAAAAGCUUGCCCUGAUGAUUGAAGAGUUUGGCGGUGUAGACAAAAUUGAAGCUCUGCAACACCAUGAAAAUGAGCAGAUUUACAAGGCUGCUGCAGUUCUCAUCGAGAAAUACUUCUGUGGAGAGGAGAAAGAAGAUGAGAAUAUUGUUCCCGAGUCCACAUCUGAUGGAUAUGCUUUCCAGAUUCAAGAUGAAACUGAUACCUUUAAUUUCUAGUCGAUUUUUUUGUUUGGCACCGGACACAACUACCAGUCUGUCUGUCUUGUCUUGUCUGCCCCACUUUUUACACUGCCCUUUUUCUAUGUGAAAAUGUGAUGUAGCACUUUGUUACGACUGAAACUACUUGAACCGUUCACAACAAGAGUCCAUGCCCUGUGUGGAUUCCUUGUUGUCUUCUGCCUGUGUCUCCUUUUUUUUAUUUUGUAUUCCUGUAAACUUUUGCAUCUUCGAACUGUCCUUCAUCGGUUGGAUUUUCCUAGAUGUAGUCUGUCUGUGUUGUCCUUGAGAGAUGAAAGCAGCUUGUGGGCCUUUGAGUGUCUCACAAUUGCCUGCUUGAUCCAUUCACUUCCUGGCAGAACUGAAACACUGCGCAGCCUUGACUUCAAACAAAAGGCCUUCUCUUAGGAGCUCAUGGAAGAGUAAGAGGCUACUCUGCUUUUGGGAUGAAACUGAUUUUGAGAUUAAUUGAUGAAAUGUAAUAAAUUUACCUUGCAAAAUGA